AUGAGUUUUAUUUUGAAGUUGAAGUUAUCUUUGGAGUUUUAUGAUGAAAACUCAAUUUUUGCCGUCCACCAAGCAGACCCUUGCAUCGUCGACGGCAAGACCUACCAAGACGGAGAGAAGUUCCAGCCGAACUGCAGUCUGGCCUGCAGUUGUCAGAACGGUCAAUAUGCCUGUGCCACGUUAUGUCCACAGGAGGAGAGAGUGCCCUCCCUGGAGCACUGCAGAGGGGCCCAGUUGGUGGCCGUCCAGGGCAGGUGCUGUCGGGAAUGGGUUUGCCCCCACGUAAAAAAUUUUGAGGUGAGCGCCUAUUUUGGUUUGUUCAAUUAA